AUGAUCCUCGCCACCAUCAUCGCCAACUGCAUCGUCCUGGCCCUCGAACAGCAUCUGCCCGAUGGAGACAAGACGCCACUGUCAGAGCGCCUGGACGAUACUGAGCCGUAUUUCAUUGGGAUCUUCUGUUUCGAAUCUGGAAUCAAGAUCCUGGCCCUUGGUUUUGCCUUCCACAAGAACUCAUACCUGAGAAACGGAUGGAACGUGAUGGACUUUGUGGUGGUCCUCACAGGGAUCCUGUCGACCGUGGGCUCGGAGUUCGACUUGAGGACCCUGCGGGCCGUGCGGGUGCUGCGGCCGCUCAAACUGGUCUCUGGUAUUCCAAGCUUACAAGUGGUGCUGAAGUCCAUCAUGAAGGCCAUGAUCCCCCUGCUGCAGAUCGGUCUCCUGCUGUUCUUUGCCAUCCUCAUGUUUGCCAUCAUCGGCCUGGAGUUCUACAUGGGCAAGUUCCACACCACCUGCUUCGACAAUCAAACCGCUGAGAUCCGGGAGGAGUACCCGUGUGGGACAGAGCUGCCCUCGCGCCUCUGUCCGGAGGGCACCACCUGCAGGAAGUACUGGCUGGGACCAAACUAUGGCAUCACGCAGUUCGACAACAUCCUGUUCGCCAUCCUCACCGUCUUCCAGUGCAUCACCAUGGAGGGCUGGACCGACCUGCUCUACUAUUCCUCGUUCUCUCUAGUCCUCCCUCCCUCCAGUCCCUCCUCCCUCCAGUCCCUGCUCCCUCCAGUCCCUGCUCCCUCCAGUCCCUGCUCCCUCCAGUCCCUGCUCCCUCCCUCCAGUCCCUGCUCCCUCCAGUCCCUGCUCCCUCCCUCCAGUCCCUGCUCCUUCCAGUCCCUGCUCCCUCCCUCUAUGCUCCUCUCAGUCCCUCCUCCUUCUAGUCCCUGCUCCCUCCAGUCCCUGCUCCUUCUAGUCCCUGCUCCCUCCCUCCAGUCCCUGCUCCCUCCCUCCAGUCCCUCCUCCCUCCAGUCCCUGCUCCCUCCAGUCCCUGCUCCCUCCCUCCAGUCCCUGCUCCCUCCCUCCAGUCCCUGCUCCUUCCAGUCCCUGCUCCCUCCCUCUAUGCUCCUCUCAGUCCCUCCUCCUUCUAGUCCCUGCUCCCUCCAGUCCCUGCUCCUUCUAGUCCCUGCUCCCUCCCUCCAGUCCCUGCUCCCUCCCUCCAGUCCCUCCUCCCUCCCUCCAGUCCCUGCUCCCUCCCUCCAGUCCCUCCUCCCUCCAGUCCCUGCUCCUUCCAGUCCCUGCUCCUUCCAGUCCCUGCUCCCUCCCUCUAUGCUCCUCUCAGUCCCUCCUCCUUCUAGUCCCUGCUCCCUCCCUCCAGUCCCUGCUCCCUCCAGUCCCUGCUCCCUCCCUCCCUCCAGUCCUUGCUCCUUCUAG